UAGUAGAAGGAGAACUGUACGCGUUUUACUGGUAAUCGUUUUAACCGUCAUAUCAGUUCCGCCACGUGUGUAAUGGUGGGAGGAUAUAACAAGUCUUUGCCAACAGGUGGUGUGUUUUUCGGAAAUAUUCGGAUGAAGGCAAAGCUCGUUUUUCUUACGUUGAGACCAGCAUGAAAAGGCAGUGAUAACGACACCAGUGUUUGUAUCAGUUUGACAAGAGCAACCUACAUUAGGAUGAAGGGACGAACGGAAAUCCCACAGGACAGGGGUUGUUUAGUUGGAGUCUGUUUUUUUAUUUUGGGCCUGGGAACGCUGCUACCAUGGAACUUCUUCAUGACUGCAUCAUUGUAUUUCCAAGACCGUCUAAAUUCCACGGUGUCGUUUAAUGGCAGCAUGGUGGUCAAGGACGAAUAUUACUUCAACAACUGGAUGACGCUGCUUUCCCAGCUGCCCCUACUGCUCUUCACCUUGCUCAACUCCUUCCUCUACCAGAGGAUAUCGGAGGCAGUGCGUAUUGCCGGCAGUCUUGUUUUCAUUCUGCUGCUCUUCAUUCUCACGGCAGUGCUGGUCAAAGUGCCGAUGGAGGAUAAGGACCAGUUCUUCUCAGUUACCAUGGCAACAAUCUGGUUCAUCAACUCAUUUGGUGCCGUCCUGCAGGGCAGUCUGUUCGGCCUGGUCGGUCAACUGCCUCAGAAGUACAGCACUAUUUUCAUGAGCGGCCAGGGUCUGGCUGGGACGUUCGCGGCCAUCGCCAUGCUGCUCGCCAUUGGCAGCGAAGCGGACUCUGAGACAGCAGCACUGGGUUACUUCAUCACGCCAUGUGUUGGCACAAUAGCCACGCUCUUCAGCUACCUUCUUCUACUUCGUCUGGAGUUUGCUCAGUAUUAUUUGAACAAAAGCCGCAGGUAUGAGGCCGGGGCAACAGACGAGCUGUUGAAAGAUAGCACCACGACGGAGAAGCUGAACGGCCAUUCCAACUCUACUGCGAGCAACAGCGGCGGCAGAGCUGAGGCCCAGAUGUCAUCCGGUCCAGAUGGGAACAAGCAGGCCUUCCUGUCCCUGGAUCAGGGGGAGGAGAAGACUCAGGCCAAAGCCUCCGUCAUGGCAGUGUUUAAAAAGAUCUGGGUGAUGGCGUUCUGUGUGACGUUUGUGUUCACAGUCACUCUGUCUGUGUUUCCUGCCGUCACGGCCGACGUCAAAACGUCUUUCCCAGGAAAAUGGGAGCGCUACUUCCUGUCCGUCUGCUGCUUCUUAACGUUCAACAUCAAUGACUGGCUGGGACGUACCAUCACCACCUUCUUACGCUGGCCUCGUAAAGAGUCUCUCCUCUUCCCAAUCCUGGUCAUCUCCAGGGUGGUCUUCAUCCCUCUGCUCAUGCUCUGUAAUGUCCAGGUGCGCUCCUACAUGCCCGUCUACUUCCCCCAUGACGCUGCCUUCACUGCUAUCAUGACUUUCUUCUCCGUGUCCAGUGGAUACUUUGUUUGUCUCUCCAUGUCCUACGCGCCACAGUUGGUGGAGUCGAAAGAUGCAGAGACUGCUGGAGCACUGAUGACCUUCUUUUUGGCCCUGGGGCUGUCAUUAGGAGCUGCCUUGUCCUUCCCCCUGAGAGCCGUGGUGUAGACACACACAGUCACACACAUGCAGAAAUAUAGAUUAGUGUGGUCCAUUGUCUGUCUAAGUACCCAGCAAAAGUCAAAAGUAAAAAACACUUGAAUUUGUGGAGCAGCUCUGCCCAUAUGAGCAGUAUGAUGAAUUAACUGUUUUGUCUAAAGAACAAAAAGAUUUCAAUUAUACAUUUGUUUGUUUCUUUGUGUUGUUACUCUCUUUUCCCCUACCUUAUGGGUUUACGAUAUUAAUGUUCGUGUUCUAUACGUUAGGGCAUUAUCAUCAGCUGAUCAGGUGUAGACAAAGGGAAAAUAUUUAGCUACGGGCUUAAUUUUUUCUGCUGAAUUCUACUUCUAGAUUUGGAAACCUUUUUACUCUUAAUAUUCAUAAGUUUGUGUAGACAGUAGUUUAUAGUUAAAGUUUAUUUUUGGUACUAUUGUAGUUGUUAUAUGCCGUAGAUUUCUAGCAUUUUUUUUGCCACAGAAGGUUAACAAAUGGGAAAUGCUAAUGGGAAACCAAGGCCCCGGCCGCACUGGAGCUGCACACUUUAUUUUUGUAAGUUUAUAGAAAAAUCUAUUAAAACGCUUUGUAUCCAAUUUGAAAUUGGAUAUAAAGCAUUUUAAUUUAUUAUUCAAGUAAUUCAUUUUUAAAGAUACAGGGAGCUUGACAGAUUAAUGCAAAUUAGUAUUUAUGAAGGUUCUGCGUGUGUUUGUUGUUGCCCCCUCCUGGUCAGGGGUUGCAAGACAUUUCUGGAUUGUUCAAAACGUUUAAAAAAUAAAUGUAAACAAUUCUGUGAUGAGAUUUAAAAUGAUCCUAUCAGACAGUGUCACUUAUUUAGUUGAUGUUUCCAGUAAACAAGUGAAACUCGUGUGUAUUUUGUGUAAUGAUGCUCUUGUUUCUUUUGAGACAUUAAAAGCAGUUUGAGCUGAUGUGCGUAUAAGAAUAAUUGCGUUUGGGGGAAAAAAAAGUGACAAUUUUGUAUUUAUAUGUAUAUUAACGACUCUAAUGAUGUGGAAUAGUAUUGAUUUUUUUUCCCUUGUUGCAAAACAUUUGUACAUCUGUAUUGGAUCAUAAAAAUGCUGACAUUUUGCCAUGUAAAGCUAAAUUGUAUUUAUUCUGACAUUGUUUCACAUCUGUUAACAUCUCUGUUUUUUUUUCUGUUUACGCCCCAUUUCUUUUCUUCUUUUUUUUUCUUUGACUAGACAAACUUAGUUUUUGAUGUAAGAAAAUGUAGUCAUAUAACUGAGACCAUUAGUGCUGCUUUGAAAUGAACUAAGGGCUGAGACUGUUUGAAUUACUAAUCACAAUUGUGGUGACAGCCUAUACAAUGCUAAUUCCAUACCCAAAAUCCACUGGAUUACAUUUAAGAAUAACAAAUGCCCUUGAUGUAAGCCAUUGUCUUCAGACUGUUGCAGCAAAUCUGCUGUUAACACGUGAAGGUCCCCAGUGUGGAAUCAAAAAGGUUCCAUUUAUUUUUUAUGGAUGUUACACAGCAGCAGGGGCAUAAGUUGUGUCUCAUCAGUCGCACAAAAGGGAAUACGUGCCUAUGUAUGUUGGAAUGUCUAUCUGUACAUACAGUAGUGUACAUUAAAAUGGAUAGUUGCAACCACAA